CCUUUCAUAACGUUUUUGCGCUUCAUUUUUCACGCCGAAUUCGUUUCUUCUUCUAAACAGUUUUUCUUGUGGUGGUGUGCAAAUAUUUGUUUGCCGAUAAAAGUAAUUUUAAGUGAAAAUAUUUAAAAAACAUUUUAGCAAUACGAAAAAUUAGUACAAAAACUAUCUACAGUCAGAUAUGAAAUCAAAGAAGACCGAUUCCACUGCAGCUGCCACCGACGCUGCCGAGUCAUCCGAAGAAGAGGAAUACGCUGUAGAGAAAAUUUGUGGCCGCCGCGUGCGUAAGGGAAAGGUCGAAUACUUUCUGAAAUGGAAAGGUUAUCCUGAGGAGGAGAAUACCUGGGAACCAGUGGAAAAUUUGGAUUGCCAGGAUUUAAUACAGCAAUAUGAAGCAGAUCGUGCGAAAGAAGAGCCCGCCGCUUCGAGCAAACCGGUCGAGAAAAAGGAACCAUCUAGUAAAAAGGAAGCUAGUAGUAGCGGUCGUACCAGUGCAGCCGGCAAUAAACGCAAAUCUGAGGAAAAAACAUCUGGCAGUAAGAAAAAGCGUCGUGAUUCAUUGAAAUCGGAAACGGAUAAUGAAUCAGUAUCCGAUGUCUCAUCGCGCACCUCAGAACGUACUGGUUUUGACCGGGGACUGGAAGCAGAGAAAAUUCUUGGCGCUUCAGAUUCCAGUGGCGGCUUAACUUUCCUUAUACAAUUCAAGGGUGUCGACCAAGCAGAAAUGGUGCCUGCAGCCAUUGCAAAUGUUAAAAUUCCACAAAUGGUCAUAAAGUUCUACGAGGAACGUCUUUCCUGGUAUUCUGACAAUGAAGAGUAAAUUUAAUUAAUUUUAUGUAGUUGUGGAUUAUAAAACCUCUAUAUAUAUGUAUAUGAAAAUAUUUAAAACAAAAACAAAAUGAAAAAGCAAAAAUAGAUACAUAUAUAUAUAUACAUAUUGCAUACAUACAAACACGACUUUUCCGCAAUUCCUGCUAAAAGUAUUUUGUCACUGAUUAGGAAAUGCUAUUAAACAUAAUUUGAUAUGAAUAAGUUUAUUUCUAUAAUUUAAAUGAAAACUAUCCUAUAUGACCUUCAUAACAAUUUUAAUUAAGACUUCGGUUGAAAGAUCUUCAUUAAAACAACAAGAAUAUUAAUUAUUUCAACUUAUCAAUUUCUUGUUUCCAUUUCAAUAAAAUGUUCUCAUUUUUAAAGAAAUCACUAUUUUAAUUUUACAAUGCACUCAUUUGAAACAUUGAAGUUGAAUACAUAUUAUAUUUUGUGCUUAUUUCCGAAACAUGUUUGCAAUCGUGGCAUUCGUACAAGUUUCUAUAACUUCUCUGAACUAUCUUUAAGUAGAGAUGGAUUUGUUAAAUCCAAAAUAAAAUCGCUGUUCUGAUGUGGGAAAUAUGUUUAAAUAAAAUUCAGAAAAAAAUGU